GUUAAUUUCUAAUUUUGAAAAAUUAAUAAACGAAAAACAAGCGCAUUGUUCGCAUUAAUUAUUUUGUAUAAAAUAAAAUAAUAAGUUUACUGUUAACUAAUAAAUAUUAAAUAAUUGUUAACCUAUUUUAUUAAGUAUUCAUUGCGGGAGGCGUGAACAAUUUUUUUUAUUGGGAGGCUUGAAUGAAAAAAGUUUGGGAACCGCUGACUUAUACCAUAGAUUAUAUAUAUAGUAUAGUGAUAGUAUAUUUAAUCCAUAGACCUCAUACAAAUAAACACGAAACUAAUAUGAUAAACUAGUAAAGUCUGAUUCAAUCUAUGUUAAUAAUUACCAAUUUCACAUUUUAAAACAAGUUGACAGGACAGGUAAUCAAUUUUUUUUUUAUCAACUAAUAUCAUAAUAUGUAAAUAAUGUUAUCACUAGUUACAAAAUGACCUGAAUCGAUUACUUAUUAAUUUUUAAUACGUUGUAAACUUGUAAUUUGUAUUUUUUAAUUGUGACUUAUUAGUUGUAUUAUUUACCCUGUGAGUUGUAACAUUUUAUUAUCACUAUUCACCGUAUCUAUAACCAUAUUUAUUAUAACCUAAUUUUUAAUAUUUAAAAUAACUAGUUACUUACCUACUUAAUAAGCUACAUUCAUAAUAUUUUUUAGUUAGUAAUAAAACUUUUUAAAAUGGCUUUUCAUAGUAAAGUAGUUUUGAUUACUGGUGCCAGUUCAGGAAUUGGUGCAGCUACUGCACUCCACUUCUCUAAGUUGGGUGCAAAACUUGCACUUACUGGGCGUAAUCUCUUCAAUUUACAAAACAUAGCCGAUCAAUGUGAAAAACUCGGUACAUCUAAGCCAUUUGUAAUUGCUGGUGAUUUAACAAAUGAAGACGACACUAAACGUAUUUUGGAUUCGACUAUAGCUCAUUAUGAUCAAUUAGAUGUUUUGGUGAAUAAUGCAGGUAUUUUAGAAAAUGGAACUAUCGAGUCUACAUCCCUUAAUCAGUAUGAUCGAAUAAUGAAUACCAAUGUAAGAUCUAUUUACCAUCUGACUAUAUUAGCCGUGCCUCAUUUAAUCAAGACCAAAGGUAACAUAGUCAAUGUAUCCAGUGUAAAUGGAAUACGAUCAUUUCCAAACGUUUUGGCGUACUGUAUGUCGAAAUCAGCUGUAGAUCAGUUUACAAAAUGUGUGGCAAUCGAACUAGCACCAAAGGGUGUCCGAGUGAACAGUGUUAACCCUGGAGUCGUUGUCACAAAUCUGUUAACCAGACAUGGUAUGAGUGAACAAGAUUAUUUACAAUUUUUGGAAAAAACUAAAUUCACACAUGCCUUAGGAAGGCCUGGUAAGGCUACAGAAGUUGCCAAAGCCAUUGCAUUUUUAGCUAGUGAUGACGCUAGUUUUACAACUGGUGAUUCGCUAUUAGUUGAUGGUGGAAGACACGCUUUGUGUCCAAGAUAAAUAUGUUUUCUUAUAUGAUAUACUUAAAACUUUUUAAACAUUUUUAAUUGAUGUUUAUUUUUUUGUAUACCUAAUACAAUUUCCAAUUUAUAUAAUAUAUAUCAUUGAUUAAUUAUUAUAAGACAAGUUCAAAAACCGAUUUAGUUUAUUAAUAUAAUAAGCAAUUUAUCUAUUCCUAUUACAUUUAGAUUGCAUCUACAAAAAAAAUAAAUGCUUACAAAGAUAUUCCAAUUAUAUUGUAAAAAAAUGUAUUGUGUUGUAAUGGGUAAAUAGAUAGUUAAUUAUACGUUCCAACCCUGGUAGGUAUAAUAUAAAUAUUGUUAGUAGGUAGGUAGGUUGUUAAUUAUUUAAAAAUUCCCAUUGAUUUUAUUGUAUACCUACAUAAUAUGGUCAUAUAGAUAUAGGUACAUACUUAUUGAGUUGCCCUGUUUUGUGAUAUGUUUAUUUAUAAUAAUGGGUACUAAUGUACCAAUAUUGUUUUUGUGUGAUUUAUCUAUAAUCAUUUAUAAACUCAGAUUUUUAUACAUAUUUUCAUCUUUUUUAGUAAAUUUUUCAAAACUGUAUAAUUAUACUUAUCCAUAGAAUUUAAUUCACAACUUUAUUAUAAUUAUUAUUAUAUAUUUUAUCAUUUUUCCAUGCACAAUAUCUCGAAAAUACAACUUAAGUAUUUUAAAUACAUUUAACUAAUCAAGUACUUAAACAUUUUAUUAUUGAUAUUAUACACAUAGUCUUACUAAUCUAAUUAAAUAGUAGAAUUGGAAUAGGAAGUUAUAAACCAUAUAAUUUGCCUGUGGAAUAAGUACCACAUAAAUUAUUUGACAGCAGCGAGUGCGAGUAUUUUCACCCAGAAAUGUAAUUUAUACCUACUUAUACCAAGCUUUCGAUGUAAACAAACCGCAAUAAAACAAGUAGAUACCCAUAUCAAAAUGUUAUCAAAUCCAUAAAUAUAAUAGGUACCUAUGUAUGCUAUACUUACGUAUAAUAUAAAUUAAUUAGUAUUAGUACUUAAGUACCUCCCUACUCGUAUAUCAGAUACCUAAGUACGUGUUUUUGUUCAACCUGUAUCCACUAACGUGAACCUAUAGGCAAUUAAACAUAACAAAAAAUUUAACUACGACCCUACGUAAUACAAUAUUUUAAUCGUUUUAGUGUGUAUACAGUUUGAUUGAAAGUAAAAUAAGGUAAGAUCAGCUUUAGAAUUGUACUUUUAUUAAUAAAUACUUGAAAUAUUUUGUUAGGAAAAAAAUUCUAGAAACAUACAUUUAUACCUAUCUAAUCUAUGUUUAUAACGAUUGAUUACCUACUUAUAUUAUUUUAAUUGUCAAUCAUUAUGUAGUUCCUUGAAAUUGUGAUUCUUCUGAAAAAUAUUGUUUUAUCUGAGCAAUACGUAAUCAGACACAUAUUUGUUUGAGACAUGCAGUGAUUAUAUAAUUUUAUAUUUUAUACAGAUGUAAACAAAGUAAAUAUAUUGCCUUGCGAAAGUAUAUUCUGUUAUAAAAUAAAGGCCUCAUAAUCAUAUAACAGGUCUUAUUACAACCAAUGUUAUUCGCUAGAUUACUAAGUAGUUAGGUACCUACUUACUAGGUAAUCAAAAUUAAAAUGAUUGUCAUUUCUGUUAAAAUUCUAUUUAAAUUAGACCAUUAAACAGGGUGUGACCUAAUUUAUGGUGUUUAUAAUAUUGAUGGAUGUAGGUAUUUAGGUACCUAGAGUUUCAUAAUAUUACAAAAUUUAAAGUAAUUUUA